AUGACUGUUGUUACAUCUCCAACGUCAUCGGACGGUGAUAAUCAACAACAGACUCAAUCUCCAUCGAAUACGGUGUCAGAAUGGAAGACAUUGAUUGAAACAUUCAGCGAGAAUACGAACAGUACGAAAUACAAUGAACUUAUUCAAUCGAUUUUAAAAUGGGAAGAUUUAUUGAUUCGAUCUGAUCCUAGCAAUGAACAGUUUUUAAGUACAUUUGUGAUUUUAGCAGCGCAUUAUCUUGUUGCAGGUUUAGCACGAGUCGAACGCUCCUGUUUUACUGAUGUCAUCAACGUAGGAAAAUUACUAUUGAAAUAUCUUCUACAGAACCUUCUACCGAAAACAACUGAAGCGAAUCGAUUCCCGACAUUGAAUGCUAUUAAAUCAUUAUGUUACUCUCAAACAUGUCUGUCUUCUUCGGAAGUCAAAGAAUGUUUAGAGCUGAUAAAGAAAACCGAUGCCCCACAGGUUAAUAAGGACGACCGUCGAUUACGUUCGUCGAGUAAAACUACUAUUGCGCGACGUGAAACGGGUCUCGUAGAUUCCUUAUGCAAUGUCGCUUUGUACGAUUUUUCGUCGUCAGAAGAUCUAUCGAAUGGAAACAAACGCGAAAGACCGAGCUCAGCGGGUAUUACAACGAAACAAACAUUUCCGAAACAUAUGAGUCAACUUCUCUUGACUUAUUUCAAACAACUACAUGGACAACAGUUGUUCAGCGAGAUUCUGUUUCAUAUACCGUUACUGAACGAUGGGAAACUUCAUCUCCACGAUAUUCUUCAGAAAGAUACCAAUGUUUUCGAGACCAAUACCCAAUUUCGAGAAAGUUUAACAACGAUGAAAGGUGAUCUGGACUUUGUUCGUCGUGCAAUUCAACUACCGAUCAUAGAACCACUUGACGAAUAUCGUCUGAGUAAAUUCAUCACCAUCGCAUCGAAUUCUCUGCAGACUGCUUUGAAAUACGUCCAAUUAGUAAUGAAUAGCGAUGAAAUUCAAACUAAUGAUCAAAUUCUACAUGAUAUUACUCGUAUAUGCAUUAAACUCGGUGAUAUUAUUCGAUGUUCACCUCGUCUAGAAAACUCGCGGCAUGUUUUUCUCAAUUAUCAUCUUCUAUUAGCAGUUACAUUAACAAAAGGACUGCAACAAAUCUUACGCAGUUUAACUUCGCAGCAAUCAAAUGAAAAUCAGCAACAAGCCAAGUUAUCGAUUAAUAAUCUACUCAUUCACCUCGUCGCAGUCCUAAUGCAUUCAACUCGAGAGAUCAUCACUGAUCUUUCCUAUUCCGAAACAACUUCUGUGUCGACAGAUUCUCUUCCCGACAAAUUCACAAUAACAUCUCCACUUCAGUCAUACCAACGCUAUUCCUACUUAAAACAACAUCAAACAUUGAAACUAUUUCUGACCAUUCUUCGUCGACUAACAUCACCGAUACCGAUUAAACCAUCAUCAGCGAUUCCUGACGCGCCACCAUUGCCAUCGGAAAUGCUUCCAACCGAAAAAGAAACCGACGAGGAUUUUUAUAUUCGAGACUUGUUUAUCGAGCCAAUUCUAACAAACACAGCCACCACAACAAUUCCGCCGACACUUCAUCGAUCAUUCUCAACGAGCAGCCGAAAGCGAACGAUACUAAACCGUUGUCUAGAUCUUGACGUGUGCUCCGAGGAAUUCUACGAUGCCGACGAUCAUUUCGAUCUGUUGAACUAUCUGGAUAAAAACUAUCUCAACGAAUAUAUUCAGAUUGUCAUCGACGAUGUGAAACAGACAUUAAACACACCUGAACAAAUCGAGAAUCUUGCAAUUCUAAUCCAACAUUCACUGAUCAUACCGCGUUUUGUCCAUAAUCUUCUUCAAAACGAUGUUCUUACUCAUGCAAAUGAAAAUCUUCUUUUAGAAAAGCUCGGCAUUUCAUUCGAACAUGCAUGGUCAGUCAAACUCUCGCGUAACACUUCAAUCAUUCUUUUAAAAAUCAUUUUAAAACGUAAAAAUCACGAUUUAAUCUACUCGUUAUGGAACCGAUUCCUUCCAAGCAUCGGUCAAUCGUCCGAAGAUUUAACGUUGGAACACUUACAAAUAUUCUUAAUCUUUUUUCAUCAACUGACCAUCGCACAACGAAAAACGAUUCUUCUCGAAUUAACUCGAGUUAUCCAGACCACGCCACAGAAAACUUAUCUCUUACUUUUGUUUGAAUACAUCAUGUAUAAUUUCUAUGAAAUACCUGCAGAAAUCAUUGAGAACAUUCAACAAAUGAUCGCGAAAACUGACGUGACUAUGACUAAGGAUUUCCAGCAAAUUGUCGCGAAGAACAACUCGAAUCACCUCGACGGAUUUGCUUUGAGUGCUUUGUACAACAGUCCAACCUACAACCAAUUCUACGAUCACCUCAUCGAUCAAUUGGACUUUACUAAAAGCAGCAAAGAGGGCCUGUCCAAUCCAUCGAUGAAAGAAUAUUACGAUGUUCUAUGGCGCAUUCUUGGUUGCCUUCCGCCAUCGACGGAGUUCCUGGAAAAUAUGAAUAGUUAUACUAAAUCAACACAUUUGUUGCAUAGCUUUCGUCUGGAGAAGAAAUUGAUUCAUGAUAAACAUAUCACUGAUUUUCUUGCAAAAGAGAUUAGUUUCAAAGAGAUUCAAUGGUUUGCAAAUAUCAAACAGAAACCAUUGUCUUUGUUCGAUUUGAUUGUCUAUCAAGUUCUAUUGCAAAACCUUUCGUCAACGUCCGAAGAAAUCAAUCGUCUGUAUGAAGUGUUUAUCAAGGAAUUGAAAGCCACGUCGAGUACCGAUUCAUCUUGCGAAUCGUUAUCAAUCAUUCCAAUAAGCAAAUCGACAGACGAGAAAACUAAGACAGUCGCAAUCCCAACACUUCCGACUGAUUUCGAAGAUUUAUUUAAAUUUCAAUUGAAUUUUUUACUCGAACAACCCGAUCAACCUCGCUACAUAGUUCUCCGUGAAAUUCUUCAAAUCUUAUCGUCCAUUAAUUCGGAAAUCGAUGACAAACAGUUAUACAUUCAGAUUCAACUCAAUGCAAACCUCAGCUUCUUUAAAGAUCAAAUCAAAUUAAAAAAUCUUAACAAUGAAACCCUCAAUAACGACAUGUCCGAAUACAUUUACAAGAACAUCUUCGAGAUCUUAUUCAACGAUGCCUAUCCGAAUGAAGUCGUCACCGAGGAGAUCUAUCACGAUCUGAUCAAGUAUCUCGACGAACAAUUCAAGCCACAGAUCUUACAAAACUGCUUAGCACCCCACACAUUAUUCGAUUUACUCUACUUAACAGCGAAACAAAAUCUUUCGUUAACGAUAUUCGCACGAAUGUUAAUGCUAUUCAAUAAAAUCUUUUCCUAUUCACAGCAAUUCCAAUCAUCUAUCGCAAGUCUGAAUCGUAUCGCUGAUUUGAACAAUGAACAACUAUCUCAAUGGCUAGCGAAACUUGUUCUGCCACCAAUGAACGAUAAAAAUCAAUUAUACACUCCGGAACAAUGUAAACACAUUCUGGAAACAUUUACAAAGUACUUGAUCCGAAAAAACGACGACGGAACGGAUCUGAUCGGUGAAGAUGUUUCACUCUCCAUUCUUUCGGUGUUGAUACAGUUAGGAAACGAGUUGUUAAAACCAAAUAAAUACGCAUUAGGAUUUCCGCAAAUCAUUCAGCUAUUAGUCAUCUUAGCCGGACAUGGAUCAGGCAAUGGGCAUACGUAUUUAUUUCAAGCCGCAGCUAUUUGGUUGGAAUUCUGUGCGAAUUCACUGGCGCUGGAUGAAAAAGAAUCGACAGGCUCGUUUCUUUCCACUCUAUUAUCUUCGUCAAGUGAAAAUCUGUCGGUAUUUCAUUCGAAUAUUCUCGAAGCGAGUGUUUAUCUUCUUGCUUACAUCAAUGAUAUUCUAAUUGCAUUGAAACACUUAUCGACAAUUGAUUCAUCACUAUUGAAAAAUGACGAAUCCGAUGACGACGAUGACGAUUCCGAAGACGGCGACGAGAUCUCGAAUGACCCAAGAAAAUCUUAUUUCUCGUCAGCGAACCAAACUGAAUAUGAUCCGAACAAAUUAUGUACGUUUACAACAACUAAAAAGGAUUAUGCAACUCAACACUGGUAUCAUUGUCAUACAUGUAAAAUGAUUGAUCGCGUUGGCAUCUGUCAAAUCUGUGCUAAUGUUUGUCAUAAAGAUCACGACAUAUCAUAUGCAAAAUACGGCUCAUUUUUUUGUGAUUGCGGUGCUAAAGAGGACGGUGCAUGCCAAGCAUUAGUCAAACGUCCAGCAACGACCAAUGUUCAACCAUUGGUGCCAACUACACCAGUGUUGUCGCCGAAAAAGAAGAAAGCUAAGAAGCAAUCGACCCCGUCGAAUAAGAACACGAAAUUAACUACUCGUCAACGUCGAUUAGUUCGUCAGAUUAACGCGAAACAGCAAGAAUACCAUUCGUGUGUUCAAACAAAUCAGAUUCCAACCAAUGCACUUCGUCUGUUCAAAUUACUGCAACCAUACGUUGAUCAUGAAUAUCAACAGAUCUACAAUAUUGAAAAUCGCUUCGAUCUCAUCUCAGAAUUUCUCAAAUCAAGUCCUCAGUCAUCUACCGACGCCGAUGAAAUGAAACAGCCGCAAUUAUUCACCGGAAUUCUUCAUUCCCAAGAGAACGCAUUCGAAAAUGUGAAGUUAUCGUUUACAAAUGAACACGGUCAACAAAUCAAACAAUUACUUAGCACCAAUUCGAUUCGUCGACAAGGGAUGUGUAUCAUGUCGUCAAUAUAUUCGGAUCAAACCAAGCAACACUUGGUUGUUAGCCAGGAAAAAGGUAAACAAGCCAUGAUUACCAUUCUACAAUUAAAUUCGCUUCUGAAACAAACAUCAACAAUGAUCAACAAUGUUUCGAAUGACAAUUCAGCGAAGAAAAAGUUCACUCUGAAUAAGUUGAACACAUUCAAUAUUCCAUUUACUAUCCUGUCUAUGCAACCGAAUCAGCUCAAUAGCGAUUAUUUAUGUAUUACUGGUUUGAAAGAUUGUCAUAUUUUGAACAUUGACGCCAAUGGAAAACUUAAAGAGCCGACGAUUAUCCUGCAACCAAAUUUAGAUUCAACCGGCAAUUAUAUCAUUCGCGCACAAUGGUUAUCCGAUAAAAAUCAAUCGCAACUAGCUCUGUUAACAGCUGAUUUCAUUAAAAUCUAUGAUCUAAGCAUUGAUUCCAUCAGUCCGAUGUAUUAUUUCAUUUUACCGACAGGUAAAGUUCGUGAUUGUACAUUCUAUUACACGAAACGUAACAAUGUCCAGUACUGCUACAUACUAAUCAUGGCAUCAAACGGUUAUGUCUAUUACGAACAAUUGUCCGACUCAUCCUCGGCUCGUAAUGGUUCAUUCUAUGUAACUAAUACUCUCGAUAUCAAACAUGAAACUAUCACUGAAACGAACAACAAUGGAAUUCUAUUGGGUGGCGGAGUUUCCGUUUACUAUUCCUCCACAUUGAAGCUUUUGUUUUGGUCCUAUGCGCAUGGCAAGAACUUCUACGGUAUUAUCGACAAUGCCAAUGUUGAAAAGCUUCUUCUCAUCCGUCCAAUUGAUGUGAAAAUGACGUCGGCAGCGUCGAACAACGGUGCGAAUAAAUCCACGUCAACUUAUCAUACACUAUGUGCAUGGUCAGAAAUACCUCAUCAUCCUGGUCUGAUCUAUACGAUGACGCAAAUGACGAAUAAUCCAGUUGUUUUAAUGUUAACUCCUUCUUCGGCUCGACAAAGUGAAAUCAAAAUGCAAAUUAAAACAACGAAAAUUCAGGAUAUAGUCGCUUUACGUUACGAUCGACGAACGACGUUUAUUCUCCUCGCUGACGAUGGAAGUUUGAAGAUUCUGUUAGCUGAACCGGAUAAAACCAACUAUUGGCUGAAUAAAUUGUAUCAAAAGAAGAAAUCAUAUCCAAUGAUUGAUUUUGAUUUUAAUGAAGAAAAUCUUGACUAUGAAAAUAUGAGUUAUCAAUGUCCAUUAUCGGAUAAUGAGACUGAUGAACAACAAGAACCGAGUGUUAAGCGUCGUAAACAUACCAUCACUACCACGUCAACAACAGCAGUAGCAAAUCCAACGACAUUUUCGACCACUCAAGUUAAUGACUCGCCUGCAAAUGAUUCCGUCAAAUUUCCAGUGGAUUUCUUCGAAUCAUCUCAUCCGUUGACAGAAUACGAAUUUGGCGGACGAGAUCUGCUCGACGUUUAUAAUGUAGCACAGUUAAAACUGCGUUUAUCAACACCAGGCCUAUUCGUUGCCAAUGUUCGUACCGGUGGUUUCACACUCGAAGUGAUCAACAAAGACUCGGACAAUAUGGUGAUGACAGGUGUUCGUAUUCAUGUGGGCUCGUAUUCUAUGGAUAAAUGUCCUCAAUAUUUCGAAGUGUUCGGUCGCACAAUUUAUACGAAUAGUUCUCAAGGGCCACGAUUUUACGACAUAUGUUUAACUCGUGAAGAAUCCAUUCAAGCUGAAAAGAAAUUCAAUAUUUUUAUCGCACAAUCAUCGGAUACGAACCAUGUUACUGUUAUUGACGAUGUCAAAGUUUAUGGUAAAACUAAAGAAGAAUUUCAAUGGCCGGAUGAUGUUGACGCAUCACUACUAGUCUCAGCAACGACUGCGGCUGCUCUGACAACAACAACAGCAGCAGCAGCGGCAUCAGCAAAUGGAUAUCUACAUUCGUUUCGACAAACAAAUGACGAAAAAGAAUUAGCAACACUAUGUCUACCUGAUCGAUUACUUGUUUACAGUAUGCAAGUUUUGAUUAGUUCAUUGUCAUUACAUCACAGCCUCGACGAACAGAACCGUGCGAAACUGAAUUCGGAUAUUGUCCAGUAUACAUCACAUAUGUUUCACAUGUCAUUACCUUCACAAAUUCAACGUAGCUCUCGUCAAUUACUGAAAGAAUUCUUCUCGUUCAUCUCCUCUUCAGACUUUGAUUAUUACGAACAUAUCGAUCGUUUGCAACUCACAUAUCUCUCGCAAUGCUUUUCAUCAGAAAACUAUCUCGCAUUAUUCAAUGAUACCAACACCUACGAGUACCUUCUUCUUUCAUUGUUAUCAAUAACACGUCAUCGACCACAUAAUAUCAACCGAUUUUUGAAUAUCACAUCCGCUCAAUCGGCGGACGUCAUCUCGAAAUCAGCAUCGAUGGAAAUUUUCAUUCCGUACUUGGUUAACAUAUUCUUUCAUCUAUUGAAUCAACGUCCGUCGAAUCCAUUACUUGAAUCGGUUGAUAAUAGUUCAAUUGAUGUGAAACAAAUAAAAAAACUUCUUCAUAUUCUCGUCGACAUUUAUCAUUCGUUGGCAUUGAACGAACCACAAAUAUGUAUGAAUCUGGUCGUUGACUCUUACAUUCGUUUAUUGACUUAUCACGAUUAUCAAAUCAAUUUUACCAUCAAAAAUGCAUUGAAUCGUUGUAUGCAACCGAAAAUUCAACGUCUAAUCUCGAAAUUGUCAACCGCCAGUGAUUUAAAUCAACAAGAAGCAGUGGCUGAAAAGCAUUUCCAUGCGCUACCACUUUCCGCACAAAUCUUUCCUACUGAUGAACAUACUCGUCCACGAUGGACCGACGCACCACCGGCAACCGCAACAACAACUGCUGCAAUACCUCCGCCCCCACCAUUGCCUACGCUUCCAACUUCUGCUACAGAUGAGUCUGCCAUGCUACAAUUUGCACUAGCAUUGAGCAUGGCCGACACUCCUGAUCCAUCGGCGGCAGCAGUAGUUGCCAAUCUUCCUCAAGCAAUUGAGUUCGUUGAUAACGACGAUGAGAAUCCUUCGAUUCAAAACGAUGCUGAAAUGCAUCAAAUGCUGGAAUUAAUGAACAACGCUGUCGGAAUUGAUAAUCCACAAUCGGCGAAUAGUGACAAUAAUAGUUUAUACGAAGGCGAUGACGGACACGUGUCGGAAUCGAGUUCCACGACCAACGACGGUACGGAACAAAGCAAAACGACGUCAACACCAAUUCAACAACCAUUGCCUCCCCCUCCGCCUCCUCCAUCGUCCUCGUCGAAUGAUUCGAAUACAACGUUGAAAUUGAAUAUUAACGACUCCAUUGAUUCGGCUGUCUACGAGCAACGUUUGUACGACCUGAAACAUCUGAUCGUCGAAAAGCUGUUGGAUAAUCUUGAUGAAUAUUUACUGAAUAAUACAGCAUUGAACGGGCUGAAUUCCAUUGCUUAUUUACAAUUACUAUUGACAUUAACAAUCGAGUUCGCUUCGAAGUCGGACGAAGAAAGUCAACAGUUCGUUCAUUAUAUCUUGAAAAGUCUAUUACGACAGAUGGUAUUCUUAAAAGAAACAGACGAUGAAUUGAUCCGACGCACGUCUGAACAUGAAAUUCAACUCAUGCUACUAAGAUUAUUCACCGUUUACGUCUCAUUCAUGCUCAAAGUACGCUUAAAUGAACGUGAACAAUACAUUCAUCUGUCAUUAACAGCCGCGAAACAAUUAGACGAAUCGAACGUUGUCAGCUACUGUUUAUUCGCACUAAAAACUGUCUAUAAAUAUUUAAUCAAACAACCAAUCGACGAAAAUCUGCUCCAUGAUCAAGUAGCAUCAUCCCCGAGCGGUACGUCCUUAGCAGCAACGACCAAUUCUCAAGCAUCUUCACCAUCACUGAUGACAUUAUUGAAAAUAGGCAAUCAGCAAACACUGCCAGACUUAUCACCAUUCUUCUAUAAACAAUACACUAAGCAUCAUGGCAACGAUGUUUUCGAAGCCUAUCCGGAACUAUUAGCAGAGAUCGCCACUCGAUUGCCGUAUCAAAUGAAGAAAGUGUUCGACUGUACAUCGGAAUCUCGUCCGUUCUUAUUAUCAUCCGAUUGGCAAAAAUGUCUCUGUGAAUACUAUGUUCUACCUCAAGCAUCGUUCCUCAAACGACAAAUUCGCAAAUUACUCAUGUACAUUUGUGGUUCACGUGAUAAAUAUCGCAAACUACGUGAUUUACAUGUUCUUUCUACUAAUCUCGAUGAUAUCAAGAAAAUCUACGAAGAUAACUUUUCGUUAACAAAUAACGACCAACGUAAAGCGACGUCAACACAAAUACCCUAUGUAACAUUAAUGCGUCUCGUUGAUCAUUUGAAAUCUUGUCAAGAUAUCAGUACUCAACGCUGCGUCAAUUGGCAGAAAUUCUGUAAAAAUGACCCGUCGAUUCUACAUUUUCUCGUACAAUUGAUCAUGCUAGUUGAUGAUUCACUCGUGCCAUUUAUUCUUCAUUUACUGAUCAAUUCAAUAUCAUCGUCUCAACAACCGUCGUCGAGCAGUCGAUCGUUAAAAUCGAGCAAAUCCGUUCGUCCGAAUGAAUUCGAAUCGGUCGAUGAUCUUUCGAUUUGCUCGAUUGCCUUACAAUUCUCAAAGAUCAUCUCCUAUCAAUUGCUCGAGGAUUUCAUUCGUCUAUUCCUCCUGGAAAACAAUCAACAAUCCAUUCGUUGGUUAACACAUACAUUUCUCUACAAUCUUUACGUCAAUUCGAAUAAACAACUACAGGACAAUAUCUUCGAUCUCUUGAUCAAUCUCUGGCCAUCUAUUUCGCACUAUGGUUCGAAAGCAUUUCAAUACGUUGAUCUUCUUGGAUAUAUCAUCAUCAAAAAUAAAGACGACAAACGGACAACCGAUUUUCUUCCGAAAUUAGAAUCAAUGUUGAAAGCCGAAAACCAGUUGCUACUAAAUCAUCCGAAUGCAUCGAUCUAUCGUCGUUUAUCAACAGUCAUUGAUAUCGAACAAGCUAAUGGAUACUACUUCGAAACGGAACCGUGUUUAGUUUGUAACAGUCCUGACACUCCUUAUCAACAAGUCAAAUUACAAACAAUCAAGCUCGACCAGCGCUACACAACCACAUCUCACAUAAUUAAACUCAUUCAAGCGUAUUCCAUACAAAAACUGCACAUUCGAAUGUCGGACAUGAAACGCAGUAAAGCUGUUCGAACGAUUCGAUUUUAUUAUAACAAUCGUCAUGUUCAAUCGAUUGUUGACUUGAAGAACAGCGUCAAUUGCAAAUGGUUGUUAGCGAAAACCAUUAAAUUGAAUAAUAUUCAACAAACCGAAAUGAAAGUUGACUUUGUAAUUCCGAUCAUUGCUUGUAACCUAAUGAUUGAAUAUGUCGACUUCUUCGAAACACCAAGCGGAAAUCUACCAACAGUUACAGAUACGACGACAUUGCAAUGUCCAAGAUGCAAUUCACCUGUCGCGGCAACACCGGGCAUUUGUCCGAACUGUGGAGAGAAUGUUUUUCAGUGUCAUAAAUGUCGAUCGAUCAAUUAUGAUGAACGUGAUCCGUUCUUGUGUAAUUCGUGUGGCUAUUGCAAGUAUUGUAAAUUUGACUUUCUCUUUACUGCUAAACAAGUCAAUUAUAUCGAACCAAUCGAAUCUGAUGAAGAUCGAGCUAAAACGAUUACAAACAUAAGUUUACUAUUAGAAAAAACGGAUAAGAUCUAUCGACAAUUGAUUAAUCAAAAACCCAUUCUCGAAUAUCUACUAACAAAAUUAACCUCUGACGAUCAAUGUUCGCCAGUACUUCCUUCAUUGCCAACAACUACAAACACCGCGGCUGUUCCAACGACGACAGCUACAUCCACCACGUCAACACCCGGUGAUCCAUCUGAACAACCGCCACAACAGCAACCACCUCCGACUGUGCCAACUCCAACGGUUGCAUUAAAUUCUGCAGCCAAUGCCAGCGGUAUCAAUCGUAUCGUUCAGCAAAUUGCUCCAAAAUAUAACAUCGAAUGUCGACAAACCUACGAUGAACUCGGCAAAUACAUUCAAAAGAUUAUCUAUGCACGCAAAGAACUCUACACAUACGAUCAACGUCAUUCGCACUCACCAACAUCGACUUCAUCUGCAAUUCCACCGUUGACAUCACAUAACUGCUAUGGCUGUACAUUGUCGACUAUUUCACAUUGUAUUCUUCUCCUACGUGCGUUUGCUACAUCGUCAAGUCGUUUGAAACAAUCGAUUACAAGUAACAUGUCACUAAUCGAUGAAUUGUUACUGAAUAAUAUUCGUUACACGAAUCAACAAAUUCGUCAUGACGUUCGGCUACUGUUCUGUUAUUUAACGCGUGAUAACUCACAGUUAACGGAUUACAUUACAACGAAAAUUUGUAAUAAAAUCGAGUUGAUCUUUCAACAAAAAAUUUAUCUUUCUUCGUCACUAAUCAACUACGAUCUUUUGGUUCUUUACUCUUUAAUCCAACGUUCGAAUCAAGACGAUCAAGAUUUAUGCUGGGAGAAUAAACUGCGUUGUAUAUUCAAACUAUUUCUUCACUCAUUACAAGCUUCAACACCCCAGAUUCUCGAAAUCAUCACUCUCCCUUGCUUACGCAUGUUGAUACAUUUGUCCAAACCAACCAAUACGAACAAUACGAAACUGAUUGCGAUCGACAUGGAAAAAUUUCUCUCGAGACAAGUCACCUAUCAAGAGUGGAGUCAAUCGCAAGAGAAACUGACAAUCAACUCGUCGCGAAUCAUGAAUUCCUGGUUGGAGAAGCUAAUUUUUUGUCCUCAAUCAGCAACGAUUCGUUACUUAACAUGCAAACUCAUCCAAACACUUUGUACCAAUGAGAAACAAAAAUUUUUCAUUAUACAAAUCUUAAUUCAGUACUUACACAUCAUAUGCAACGAGCAUCUCUCGACGUAUUCACAUGAAUAUGUCCAAUUAUUGAAAGAUCUCCUCUCAAAUGAUAAUCAACUGAAAUUAUCACUUUGUAAUGACGAACAAGUGAACAUCAUCAAGCAAUUAGCGAGACUCAUCGAAAACGAGAUCGAGUUGAUCAAUAAACAAGACGAACGAAACCUGGCAAAUUCAAAUUUAACAUUCGGUUACUCGAUUAAAUGUUUAACGGAAUUAUUGAAUCUAUUUCUUCAACAGGAUGAAUUGAAACAGAAAUACAAAUCAAUUUUGAUCGCCAUCGUUCUCAAUGGUUAUCUCUCAUUGAAGAAACUAAUCGUUCAACGCACGAAAUUGAUUGACGAAGCGCAAAAUAAGAUGUUAGAAUUAUUGGAACAGAUGACACGUGGAAAUGAACAAGAAACAAGACAAUUUAUGAUAAUUUGCAUAGAUACAAUCGAGAAAUUUCAAUUGAACGACAUGCAAACACCACUGUUCAUCUUUGAACGCUUGUGUAACCUAAUCUAUCCUGAAGAAACAAUGCAAGGAAAUAAGGAGUUCUUUAUCGUUGUGGAAAAAGAUCCAAAUCAAGAAGAUUUCUUACAAGGACGAAUGAUGGGCAAUCCAUAUAGUUCAGCAGAUCCAGCGAUGGGCCCACUAAUGCGCGAUAUCAAAAACAAAAUUUGCACUGAUUGCGAAUUAAUAGCAUUACUUGAAGAUGACAACGGCAUGGAGUUACUCGUCGCCAAUAAAAUAAUUAAUCUAGGCUUGACUGUUCGUGAUGUAUACAAGAAAGUUUGGUUGCCAUAUAUUAACUCUCAUCAAACAACGCCAUCGGCCGCCGACGGUCAAUUGAGUGGACAGAAUGACCAAGAACCUAUGCAUAUCAUCUAUCGUAUGCGUGGUUUGCUAGGCGAUGCAACGGAAGAUAUCAUUGAAACAUUUGAUACGAAGAAGAAUGCAGGUGAAAAUGGCGAAGACGAUCCUGAAGAUGUGUAUCGAUUAGCGAAUGUUCUUAGUGAACACUCAGGUCUGGAAACCAUGUUGAAACGUUUAGACUCGAUUCAUGAUAUGUCCUCUGGCAAAGCGUUAUUACAAAUUCUCUUGAAAUUAUUCGAAUAUGCGAUUAAAUUGAAAGUGAAUCGACAACGUUUGAUCGAUCCGAAACUACGUGCCAUAUCGUCGAUGCUAAACAAAUUGAAUUUGCUACUGAAAACUGAAAUUGAAGAGCAGGGCCGCGAUCAAGUGCUUUUAUCCUUAACGGAGAAACUUCUCUUUAUCAUGGAUCAAUUAUUCCAUGAAGCAAGCACGACAUUGUCACAAGAUAAGUACAACGAAUUUUCCAUUUCAUGCGAAGGCGAUAUCGAACAGUUACGUUCAUUGCUGAACUACAUCAAACUAUCAUUCGUUAAAAGCCAUCCAAGUCUAAUGGAAGCCUUGAUUCAUCUUCUACCAUAUCUAUCAUUUGGAAAUAAAGAAAAGAUGCAAACUUUACUCGAUUAUUUCAAACCUCAUCUCGAAUUCCAACGCUUUGAUCACGAACAAACGCCAGCAACGAACACAUCCAAUGAUAACGAUAGUCAACUACAUUUAGAUUGUUUUUGCGAAAUAUGCAAACAUCUGGAUAAGAAAUCGAUCUAUGGCAAAGAAUUUCGGGAUCUCGUCAAUGAAUCGAAUGGAAUUAUCGAUCAAUGUAUAAAUUAUAUCAAUAGCAACUCACCACAAGUGAAAACCUACUUGGGUAUGCAAGAUCAGGAUAGUUGGAAAGAAUUUUUGAACAAGCCAAGUCUGUCCUAUGUUUUACGGCUAUUAACUGGUUUAUCCAAUGGACAUGCCGAUGUUCAAAUGAAAAUUGGCCAAAAUUUGAUACCUGUUCUACAUAAAAUCGAACUGCUGACAACUGCUGGUAAAGUUGGUGUUUUAGCUGAAGAUCUCCUUCAUUCCUUAACAGAAAAUGAACAGGUGGCGAAGAAAAUUGAGGAUGUGAGAAAUCAAACACGUGCUGAAAAGAAACGUCUAGCUCAAGAAGCUCGUGAUCGAAAAAUGCGAGAAUUAAACUUAACAAAAACGACACGAAUGAAGAGUGCCUCGGAAUCGUCCGCCACAGCAUCGAAAACGCCAUCAGCUGCCGGUACGCAUUCCGAUUUAACGGAAGAAACUGGCCACGUUUGCUGCAUCUGCCGUGAGGGCUAUAGAUACUUUCCAAACAAAGUUCUAGCCAUCUAUACAUUCACGAAAAAAGUCGACAUCGAACCAUUCGAAGCCAAGGGACGAAAAACAUCUGGUUACUCGACUGUCACACACUUUAAUAUCAUUCAUAUUGAAUGUCAUACAUCAGCAAUCAAACAAGCACGAUCAAGAGAUGAAUGGGAAUCAGCAUUACUGCAAAAUGCCAACACACGCUGUAAUGGUUUAUUACCUCUAUGGGGCCCAGAUGUUGCCGAAGCACAGUUCACAACUGCGCUCGCUAAAUAUGAUACAAACAUCACUGAAGCAACAGGCGUUCGCGAGACUUCACCGACAUUGUCAAUUCAUGACAUAAAACUGUUAUUACUCCGCUUUGCUGAUGCUCAAUCUUUUAGCGAAGAUACAGGCGGUGGUGGACGUGAAUCGAACAUACGCUUGAUUCCGUACGAAAUGCAUGCGAUACUCUACGUUCUUACGACAAGUCGACAAAUUGAACGUGAAGAAAAAUUACUACAAAACUUUCUCAGUCGACCAGAAUUGACCAUAAAUGAAGCAUUCGACAUCGAUGGUCCAUUCUUUAUGACAACGUUAGCAUUGAUUGUAAUGAAGCCAACUGACUGGGAAAAAUAUCGUUUAAUCUUUUUGCAAAAACUUCUGCUAACAGCACACAUUCGUUCAGUUAAUUCACCAAAUGAUCGAUCAAAAGUUGCUUCAAAAGCAGCCAGGACCUAUGCAACAUACAAAACAGCUCUGGUCUUUUUCGGUCUUGUCAAUGCAUUCUUUGUUCAUAUGUUAAAGCCGCGCCUGGAUAUGGCAUCGUCUACACCAUACAAUCAACAGUUAGCACAAUUUCUUCGUAGUAACGAUGCUUUUAUCAUGGAAGCAUGUACAAAAAUCUUGAAACAUUUCGAACAAGACCUCUUGUCGAGUCAAACAUUUGAAACGUUAUUUCAGGCAUUCGAUUGCCCUCAAUUAACUGAACAAUGGAUCCAAGAUGUUAUCAAUACUUUACCAUAA